AUAAUAUAUCUGCAGAUCGUUUCUCUAUUUGGGCCCUUAUAAAAUAUGCUAUAGUAAAGGUAAUGUACAAUACAGCGUUAUAUUUAGGUGCAAUCCACAAAAAUCAAAAAUUAUCGAAAGAUGGUAGUUUUCCUGAUUAA